GCUAGUGUCUUUACUGCCGCUAGCUUAGUCUCGAGUUUGAUUUUCAGGGCCGUCAAUAGAGCCGCUCAGACCGCUUUGCGACAACUGGGCCGGCUACGCAGCGCCAUCGUACUGCAGGGAUAGGCGCGCGCUACAGCACUACAGCUGUUCGCCCGCCGCGCGCCGCAAAAACCGCCCCCGCCAUUUAGCACCUUCAGCCGCCUGGCGCGCGGACCGUCUAGCGGCGCCACAGCCUGAGACCGGUACAGAGCGCCGCGCGCACAAAAAACGCGCAAAGCAAACCAUGCCCUUCGGCCAAUCAUCCGUCAACGCCCCGCCGACGGCCGACGCCGUCGCCGCGGCGCGCUGGGCCGGCCGCGAGGGCGUCUCGACCUCCCAAUUAAGGAACGCGUGCCCCGCCUCGGACGCGCAGACCGCCCUUGAUCAAUUGGAGAAGGCGCACCCCGACUGCCAGCGCGCCGUGGUCGUCGUGACGCCGGAACGGACAAAAUCAAAGCUUGGGACGUCCAUCGCCGGCCGGACCAUCAGACUAGUGCGGCGCCAGAAGGACAACACCGCACCAUUGUACGCCGUCGCUCCUUCCAGUGAAGCAUGGCCCGAGUUGUGGCGCAAGGACGCCGCGGAGGCCGCCCGGCUCCUAGAAGACGAGUCCGACGCGGGAAUUGCCUUCCGCGAAGCGCGGGCGGCGCGCAUCCGAUGCGACGUCCAGAUCUCAUCAAAAACGGACUGGGCCGAUCCCACGGGCGAGAAGGCCGCGAAGGCCGAGGCCGAGGCGAAGGCCGAGCGCGAAGCCGCGGAAGCGCGGCGGAAGAAGUCUUCAGCUUUACCCAUUGGCUUCGGAUCGAAGAAGAAGGGCCACGCGGCGCUCUUUGGUGGUUCGAAGAAAACUUCCUCGAGCAAGAAGAAGAAGCCCGCGCCCGUUGUCAAUAAAAAGAAGCGGCGCAUCGUCGAAUCGGAUGAUGAUGACGACGAGGAGGACGGCGAUUCUGUGGAGGUCGCGUCGCCCGAGGAGGACGAGCGGCCGCCCAUGGAGGAGGCGCGUCGCGGCGUCCCUUCCACGCCGUCGCAGCGACGCCAGCUCGACAGCGUCGCUCACCGGUCGCGCCCCCCGCAGGAGGAAGAAGCCCCUCCGCCGCCGAAGGAAGAGGCCAAGCCGGGCAUGAAAUUGGUAGAAAAAACGUACGUCGACCCGAACGGCUACUUCUGCACGCAGCAGGUCUGGGUCAAGGACGAGAGUGCGGCUACGAAGAUGGAGAUCAGUGCGCCGAAGGCGAAGCCCGCCGCGCCGAAGCCCAAGGGUUUGCCGAAGCCGAAGCCCGCGCCCAAGAAGAAGCUCAAGAAGGGCCAGACCAGCCUCUCUUCCUUCUUCGCCAAGAAGUAACUAAUC